GGUGUGCAAAUGCGUUAACUGCGCGUGCGCUUUAAUCAGCUGAUAGCUGAUAAUAUUCAAUUUCUUCGGAUUAGAAAGUCAUAGAAUUGCAUUUACGCAACCGGAUGAAUUGCAAUUCUUAACACGCGUACAAUUUGAAGAAAAGAAUCCAUGUCUUGGAUCGUGAACUCUGUCCGCGCUGUCGUGAACACACGGACGCCACAGGUGACAUCGGUACGAUUUCGUUAUCAUGCGGAUAAAUUAGCAAAAGGCCCCUUAAUACGGCGAUAUGGAUACGAGGAGCCUAUUGAUAUGAGAGGUCUAUUACCACGUGAGAACCCAAAUCGAAUACGCGAGAUGCAGAUCUAUCGACCAAACGACGCUUGGUCCGAGAAGAAGGCACUGUUUGGUCAGAACGAUUAUAUUGACAUUCUGGGCUCAGGUGCCCUACAUCCCACAAGAAUAUUAUAUAACGUACCCUCAUGGUUGAGGGGUGUCAGUGGCAAUGAAUUUCAGGUCUUACUGAGGAAAAAAAAGAUGUGGGCAAAAGGCAUAUUUCCAAUCGCAAGACCCACUAAGUGGAAACAAUUAGAGAAGAGAAUAGAAUAUCUCUAUAAGUACUUAAAUCGUAAAACUAAACACAAUUAAACCCUAAAAUUAACAUCUAUGUAGCAAAGUUUGCGCUUGGCUAAAAAUUUGUACAGACACAAAAACGUAAUUAAAUUGUAAUUUAAUUCUCAAA